AUGUUACCAACAAAUAAAAUUGAUUAAGGAGAAAUUAUGCUGCAGAUAUCGCAAAGAGAACAGGAAUUGUAAAAUCAACAAUCGAGUGCUUUAAUUCAAUUCUCAUCUAAUCCUAUUUGCAAUGAUAAUGCUACCAUUUAAAUCUCCAGGUUGGAUCAAGAGGGUGAGACAAUACAAUAGCAUUCUCAUCAAGUAGAAACAUAACAUAAAGAAGGUUUAAAUGAUAACUCAUUGGAGAACUAAAACAUUGAUUUUGAUUCUGCAAGCUACUCUCAUUUAUAAGUCGCUGAUGAGCAGAAUCAAUACAAUACAAAAAGAUAAGAGUUACAAUAGGCAGUCAAAAAGGAAGACGUACAAAUUCAAUUCAAUAUUGCAACUAACAAUCUUUAAUAGAGUAAUAGUCAGAAAUCCAUAUCAAUUAUAAAAUUUGAUGACAAUUCCGAAGUUAGGAACAAUGGUUAAACAGAAUCAAAACCAAUUGCACAUUAUAUCUUGAUUCCAGUUUAUUAAAGAAAAUAGAAUUUUCAAGACAAUAAUCCAUAAGAAGAAUCAGAUUUUCAACAGCUUGACUAAAAUCCAAAUUGUCCCAUUUGCAGUUCAAAUUUUGAGAGAAUCGUCAGACUUUUAGAAUGUGAACACAUGUUUUGCGAGAGUUGCUACAAAGAAUACUUAGAAGACAGAAUCAAAAUUGCCAAAAUACAUAAUAUUCCUUGUUUACAAGAAGGAUGCACAAUCCUUUUUUCAGAAGAUGUGAUUAAAUCCAUUGUGAGUGAGUAGAAAUUCCAAUUAUAUUUGGUUUUCAAGAGAAAGUAUGAAAUCGAGAAUGAUCCAAACAAAAAGUGGUGUCCAGCAAAGGGCUGCGAUCGCUAUAUUGAAAAAGAUCCAAAAACCAACUUGAUAUAGUGCGAAUGUGGUUAGUUAGUCUGUUUUAAUUGUGGCCAGGUUGCCCAUCAAGGAAUGCUAUGUGAAGAUGCAAUUUAAGGGGACUUUAAAUAGGCUUUGGCUAAAUAUUGUAUAAAGUAUUGUCCAAAAUGCAAAUCCCAUAUUUAAAAAAACGCAGGAUGCAACCAUAUGACUUGCGCCAAUUGUUCAUUUCAAUUUUGCUGGGUUUGCUUAUAACCUUAUCAUGAAUACCACUAUCGAUAUUGGUCAAUCAGAGGAUGUGCUAUAUGGACGAAUGGUCGUUUUAACACUACGAAGGAGGUCUCAAACCCUGAUAAAAUGAGGAGAAUCUACUUCCUUCCCAGAGUGUUUCUAUAUACAUUUAGAUGUCCUGUUCUGAUAGUUAAGUUGACUGUGAAAUCUGCCUGCAAGUCUGUUGUGAAGCCCUUCGUAUUCCUCAAUAAGUAAUUGUGCAGAUCAUCAAAGCCUAAAUUUUGUCUUUUGGCGUGCUUUUAUUUUCUUUUCGCAGAAUUAUUAAUCUUGUUAAUUGUAAUCCUAGUCUCUCCUUUUUUUUUGUUUUAUCAAUGCGCAAAAGAAAUAAAGUGGCUUUCCAUUAAGGGUUGUGCCUAUUGA